AUGAGUUCACCUACAGCUUCGCAAACACAACCUUCGUCUCUUCCGGGAACAAGUUAUAUCAAUAAUCCUACAACAGCCAUACCUUCCAUGCCAAUUCCACUUGAUCUAAAUACAUUAUGGGUCGAGUAUAAAAGUGCUGAUGGAAGAGUUUAUUAUUACAACGCCAAGUCUCGUGAUACAACAUGGACAAAACCAGACGGCCAACGCGUUAUGUCACAAGAGGAAGUUGAUAAAUUAUUAGCCAAUCCUUCGACUAUACAAACUGAAUUAACAUCCUCAUCUACCGCUUCUUCUGCAACGCCGGCACAAACUACAGUAAGUGAAAUAGGUAGUAACGGUGCAAACGAUGAGAAAACAAUGCAAUCAAAUCAAGAUCAAACAAAUAUGUCCGAUCUGGACGUUAAAAAAGUUGAAAGUACAUCAGCAGAGGAUCAGAAGAAUCCACAAGCAUCAACUGCCUAUGAUCAAGCAACAUUCAAUACAGCACAACGCUAUGGUUAUCCUCCCGGUGGAAUGAUGCCGCCAUUCGGAAUGCCACCGCAAGCCAUGAUGAGCAUGAUGGGAAUGAUGCCCCCUCAUUUAAUGGCUCACAUGAGUCAAAUGAUGCCACCUGGCUUUCCAUAUAUGCCACCAAAUCCUCAAAUGAUGCGUUAUCCGUUUAUGAUGCCACCCUUUAUGCAUUUAACACCAGCAGCUGUACAGCAACAACAGCAAACUUCUUCAACAAAAACAACAUCAAGUACUAUUGUUAAUGCCGAAUUCCAAAAGUUAAGACAACGAUUAAUUGAACUUGAAGAAAAAUUAUCGACGGCGAAGGAUGAAGCGGCUAUUUGGUGUGAAUACAAAAAUCCUGAAGAUCGAGCUUAUUACUAUAAUUCAAAGACAACAGAAUCAACGUGGGAUAAGCCAACGGUUUUAAACGAAUUGGUUGAAUUACAAACCGAAAUAGAUUCACUGAAAAAGAACAUUCAACAAGCCGAAGAAGAAGCAAAGCGUUUAGAACAAGAAGCAACUGCUGCUAGUAAUGCAGCUAAAGUGACUGAUGACACAAGUCGUUUGUCACUCCUUAAUGGUCAUACCAUUGAGAAAAUGGAUUUUAAUGAUGUACGACGCAUGGAUAAAAUGGAUACAACAGUAGGUUCAUUUGGACCAGAAGAAAAACGACUAGACACGGAAAAAACAAAACAAAAAUCAAGACCAAUUUCAAGUACACCAGUUUCAGGAACACCUUGGUGUGUGGUUUGGACUGGUGAUGGUAAGGCAUUCUUUUAUAAUCCAACACAACAUUUAUCUGUAUGGGAAAAACCGGAAGAUUUGGCUGGGCGUACUGAUGUCGAUACCUUAUUAAGUGAACCACCAAAAGUGAUUGAUUCAGCUGUUCUGCGUGCUGCAGUCAAGAAGAAAUUGGAUCCAAAAUUGAGUGAUGAUGAGCCAGAGUUCAAAAAACCAAAAGCUGAUACAACGUUGGCGACUAAAGCGGCUAAAGUCGAGCAGACUACAACUCUCAUUUCUCCGCCAAGUACUAGCAAUACUAAUGGUAUUAGCCGAAUAGAAAUGAAGAAAAAAGAUGACGAAGAAGAAGAAGAAGAGAACGAUGAAACCCGUGGUGAACUUAUUACCAAUAAUACUUCAAGUAUUUCUAAUUCUAUUAGUUCAACAACGGACGAUUCACCAAGCAAACUUCAACCAAAACGAAUUGCUGCUGGAAAAGAUGCAGCUAUUGAAGCAGAAGCACAAGCUGCACAACAACGCGCUAUUUUGCCAUAUGAAAACAGAAUAAAACAAUUUCGUGAAAUGUUAGCAGAAAAAGAGGUAUCGGCAUUUGCAACAUGGGAAAAAGAGUUGAAUAAAAUUGUUUUUGAUCCACGAUAUUUAUUACUUACAACGAAAGAACGUAAACAAGAAUUUGAUAAAUUUGUUAAAGAACGAGCUGAAGAAGAGCGAAAAGAAAAAGCAGCAAAAUUAAAAAUGAAAAAAAAACAGUUUCAGGAUUUAUUAAAAGAUGCCAAUUUAAGUACAAGAACAACAUUUAAUGAAUUUUCAUCACGUUAUGGCAAAGAUGAACGUUUUCGUGUUAUUGAAAAAUCGCGUGAUCGUGAAACAUGGUUUCAAGAAUAUUUAAAUGAAUUAAAACGACGUGAAAAAGAAGAACGUUAUAGUAGUAAAGAAAAAUUGAAAAAGGAUUUUUUCUCAAUGUUAAAAGAAUUGAAACUAACUCAAAAUUCAUCAUGGUCGGAUAUUAAACGUACAACUGAACACGAUCAUCGUUAUAAAGUAAUUGAAUCAAGUUCAAGACGUGAAGAUUGGUUUAAAGAAUUUUUAUCAAAAUAUGCUGUUGAAAAUGAAAAAACAGAAUCGAAAAGUGAUGCACCAUCAGAGGAUGAUGAAGAAGAAAAAGUACGUCAACGAGAAAAAGAAAAACAAGAACGUAUUGAUGCCAGUAUAAAGAAGCGAACAGAAGAAGUAAAAGAACAAUUAUCAACGUAUCAACGUGAAUUAGAAAAAGAACGUGAACAAUUAAAAAAAGAAAAAGCAAUUGAAAACUUUAAAGCAUUAUUAACGGAUAUGGUACGAACGCCCGAUGUCGAUUGGAAAGAUACAAAAAAACUAUUGCGUAAAGAUCAACGAUGGGAUCAAUGUAAACAAUUAGAACGUGAACAUCGAGAAAAUUUAUUUGAUGAACAUAUAAAUCAAUUACAAAAGAAACGUAAAAUAGCAUUUCAUCAAUUAUUAAACGAAAAACAAGACAUUGUAACAUUAACAUCAACGUGGAAAGAAGUGAAAAAAGUAAUUAAAAAUGAUCCACGUUUUGAAAAAUUUUCUAAUAGUGAUAAAAAGAAAGAAAAAGAAUUUGAUGAAUAUAUUAAAGAAAGAUAUCUUGAUGCAAAAAAUGAAUUUAAAGAAUUAUUACAAGAGACAAAAAAUAUAACACACAAAUCACUUCAAAUGAUAAAUGAAUCUGACCAACAUCUUCGUGAAAUUGAAACUACACUUAAAAAUGACAAACGUUAUUUAUCUCUUGAUGUUGCACCAGAAGAAAGAAAGAAAGUUUUGAUGAAUUAUCUUGAAGAAAUUGCUGUCAGAGGUCCACCGCCACCACCAACAGCUUCAGAACCAAAUGCUAGACGAAAAAUUCAAUAA